UGACAGCAAUGGCUACCACAUUAAUUUGCAUGUCAUUUUCUCUCUCUGUAUUGGAGUCUCGUCCAAUAAUUUCACUCCCGUCUAAUCACCUCCAACUCCUUUUGCUUCUACUUUGAGACUCCUUUUCCAAACAAAACUAUAGCUCAAGAUAAUCAGAAACCAUUAGCAGAACACAAUUGCAGUGUCAGUAUUAAGAUUUCUUUGAUGGGCUUUAACCACUUUCAUCAAUGGCGACUUACCCUCUCAGCUUCUCCUUCUUCUUCAUCUCUUCAUCUCUUUGUAUUGUUUUGAUGCUUUGUCGCCGACCGAUCACUCGUUUUCAUCUUCUUCUCAUUUUUCUUCACUCUCUUUUAUAACCCACAUCUUUCCUCUUCUUUUUUUUUCGUUCUUUGUUGGAAUUGGAAGAGAUUAGAUUUUUUUUUACGGAUUUUGGUGAUGGCAUCGGUGUUCAUAUACUAUGUGGUGGGAGAUCUGACGGUGGGGAAGCCGGAGCUGACGGAGGUUUGUGAGACGGAGACGCUGGAGACGGCGAUUAAGGCGAUUGGGGACUCGACGGAGUGUGGAAUUCCGGUGUGGAAGAAGAAAUCGCUGGUGGGGAUUGAGAAUAAUGAGAUGAGGCAACAGAGGUUUGUGGGUAUUCUUAAUUCUUUUGAUAUUGUUUCGUUUUUGGCUAAAGCUGGGUUUUUGGAGGAUCAAGAUAAGGCUAUGAAGACUCUGGUUUCUGAGGUUGUUGUUCCUAAUAAUUCGCUGUUGAGACAGGUUGACCCUGGCACACGGAGGUUAGACAGAGGAUAUGACAUCCGGAAUUUUAUUGCAACCAAUUUGACCUCAUAUAAUUGUGCAUUGUAAACUUCAAUACUUUUUGUGUUUUGCUUGGAAUCUCUCAAAAUAUUAAUCGUUAAACAUAUGGUUCGAUUUCAUUUUUGAGUCGUGUUAUCUUUCUGACUUAUACUUAAAGGUAUCAAGCUGCUCUUAGUCUGAUAGCUUAUAUCUUUGAUACUGUUUCUAUUGCCUGUUAUGAUCAUUAGCAUUUAGUUCCUUAGAAACUGACUUCCGGUUAGGGGACAAUCCUGAAAAGAUUAUGAGGGGGAAACUGUAUAUUCACCCUGUGAUCAUGAAUAAUCUUUAAGGGUAUGUUUGGCAAUGCAGUUUACACUGGGCUGCACAGAUUCCUUGCAGCAUUGUCUUGUAUUUAAUAUAGUAUUGAAUUGAACAAGUUUAUUCAUAA